CUUUAUUAAACCUCUCCCUCCUUCGACGUCAGCUUUUGGGAACUCGGGCAAGGGAAAGUUAAGAAAAAAAAAGUCUCUGUUGUCUAUGUAUGGAUGAAUACUGAACAGCUCGCGUACAUAAGAAAAGUAGCGCAGUCUAGUCCGAAAUGGCGAAUGCGUGGCAUCCACACUGAAAACCGGGAGCAGACGCUUUUAAAGAGACCGAGCAAACUUUUUUCCGUUUGGUUUCAUGGAAUUUUUUUCGCCUCUUAUCCCGACUGACAGAGCGAGACAGGAAAGCGAAAAGGAGUUUACCAGUGACCGUUUUCCAGGGAAAGAAAAUCAAUGAAGUGCGUGAACGAGGACAUUUUUCAGUCGGCUGGAUUUUAAAGCGCAACUGUGGGUGUGCUACCUAACGAGAAGUGUUUUAAAACUUGCUGAAAUGUCUACAAUGGCUAAGAAAUACGACUUCCUCUUUAAAUUACUGCUUAUUGGUGAUAGUGGUGUUGGCAAGACAUGUUUGAUCAUCCGUUUUGCGGAGGAUAAUUUUAAUUCAACGUACAUAUCAACUAUUGGUAUUGACUUCAAAGUAAAGACCAUAGAGGUUGAGGGGAAGAAAGUCAAACUGCAAGUCUGGGACACAGCAGGACAGGAGAGGUUUAAGACCAUCACUACUGCUUAUUAUAGAGGAGCCAUGGGCAUCAUCCUUGUGUAUGACAUUACUGAUGAAAAAUCAUUUGAGAAUAUUCAGAACUGGAUGAAGAGCAUCAAAGAAAAUGCAUCGUCUGGUGUAAGUCGAAUGUUACUUGGCAACAAGUGUGACAUCGAGACUAAAAGGAAGGUGUCAAAGGAGGUUGGUGAGAAGCUUGCAAAGGAACAUGAUAUUCGAUUCUUUGAGACUAGUGCAAAAUCGAGCAUCAACGUUGAUGAGUCUUUUGCCUCUUUUGCUCGUGACAUUUUGCUGAAGUCAAAUAAGAAACUGGGUCCUACAGGUCGAGAAGUUAAACUUAACAGCACAGAGAAAAAGUCAUCCAAAUGUCUUCUCCUUUAAACACCAUCAUCAAAAGGGCAGACUCACCACACACACUCUCUCACACACACACACACACACACACACACACACACACACACACACGUAGCACUGCGGUGUUAAUGCCAGAGAGUAAUUUGCAAAGUGAACAUGGAAUGCUAAUAGAAAGUGGUUUUAAAGAAUGAUUGAAAUUGCAGAGUGAAACAAAAUACUUGACAAAGGUAUGAAACAAAAAUAUAACUUUUUUUUUAUUUCUUGGUAGUUUGCACUACAAAACAAUAACAGUUCAGUUGACUAUGGUACAGUAGAGACAAAGUUGGUUUUCUUGCUCAGUGUUUUUCUCAAUUCAGCAUUAUUUCAAGUGUAGACCUUCUUGAAAUACACAAAAAUCUGCCCUUGUAGUCAAAAUGGAAUAGAGUACCAAUGUAUCUCCAUGCAUAGUUACAGGUGGAAAAAUAUUGCCAAUUUGAUGUCCAGUCAGCACUUUUGAAUUAUUUCAAAAUGGCUGACAAGUAGUUUGAAUGUUUGCUGCUAAAAAAAGGUGCAUAACAUACCUUUCGAAAGACUUUGACCUCUAAUUUUAGGAUGUUAAUUGGGAGGUAUGAGAAAAUAAUUAAUUGAUUAUGGAUUGCAAUAUUCACUUUGUGUUUCCACAGAAAUAUUAUGGUCAGAUAUAAUCUACAGAGUUUUGGUUUUGCAUCAUAAAAGUUGUAUUUUUUUCCCCCUUUUAUUCCCUCUUUUUUUAUGCUUUGCAACAGAAUAUUUUUUAUCUGAACUUGUAUUUUGAACUCCUUUUAAUAAAGUAAAUAAUUUUCACAUUGCAUUCUUUUCUAGUAAAUUUGCAUUAGAUUUAUAUAAUUUUUUUAACAUUUCGUCAGAUUUUAUUCUACGUUUAUGCGGUUUAUUUUGAUUAUUAGUUUAUUUUGAUCUAUUAGAAUUUUAAUAUGUGUAUAUAAUGUAUAUACAGUAAGAGAGAGAUUUUGUUUUUAUGAUUUUUUGUAUUUGGGGAUUUUUUUUGUAUUUUUUCAUAUAAGCUGUGAUUGUACAAUAGAGAAGAGUAUAAUGUUUUGACAUUUUGUGUAGCUUAUUUUGGUCUUUAGCACUUCUUUAAGUUACAUACAUUUUCUGCCUUUUUCAACCAGUAAUCACAUACUAUAAAAGAAUACUUCACUCAUUCACCUUAAUUUACAACACGGUAGGAAGCAGCGGCUGCAUUUCUGGCGAAUGUGAGAAAGUUCUACUUCAGCAGAAUUAUGUUCCAGUGUCAGAUAAUUUUCAAACGUCAGCAUUUAUAGUAACAAAGUAAAUCAUUCACUUGUUGCUCUGUGUUAUUGAAGAGAUGGUAAUAAAAUCUGCUCCAUUUUUUCUGA